GAUCACUAUAUAUACAAGUCAUUUGACAUGAGUUCUGCACCAACCUACCGACCGCUAAGCGAAAGUAGAGUCUCUUUCUUCCUUCACCUACAGGAAAGUACACAACAUGGCCAACCAAAUUGCAAAGACCACUCAAAGUCUCACCACUGCAGCAGAGAUGCGAGAAACCACCAGGAUGCUGAUGCAACCCAAUGCAAACUGGGAGGAGUAUCUGACUCCUGCUCCCCUCUCUAUUGCCAUCAUGGGGGAACUUGUUUUCAUCUCUUCAUGUGAAGACUUCUCCAUCAACAAGAAUGCCCCAAAAAAUGGCUUCAAGUUCAUAAAGUACCCAGACUCCUUCAGGGCCUGUCUUAUGCAAAUCUGUAACUCAGGCUGGGGCGCAUUCAAUGAAGCCCACAAGAAUAUGGAUCAGAUCCGCAUUCACACAGGAACAGUUCCUGAUUACAUGAAGGCAGCAGUCAACAUCCUUUUCAACGCCACUGAUGAAGUUAUUGAAAAUCUCCUGCCAAAUCAACUGCAAAACAUUCGUGAAAUUGCAGACGACUGCGUGACACUAGCAGACGAUGUUGAAAAGAAGUAUACUGAUGUCAUCAAUUUAAUCCAGGAGCUGUUGGAGGCCUGUAUCAAUGCUCAACACUUUUAUGGAGAAGAGCUAGAAAACGUUAAGAUGAAACUGGAAGAGGCCAAAUUGAGGGAGCAGACUUCCAAACGUCUGAAUGAACAGUCCAAGAAAGCAAUGGAGGCCAUGUCAAAAGAGGUGGAAGAAGCACAAGAUGCAUUCAAGCAAUCCAUGGAUUCCCUUCCUUCUGGAUGGGAGAUGAUCGGCAUGGAUUUUGUUGAAGGACUCACAUCAGCUGUAAAUGGAAUAAUUAAUGGUCUCACUUCUCAAAUGAUUGCUUCUCCCCAGGGAGCAGUGGGAUCAUCCCCAAACAUGAGCAUCACAGGUGAGAAAGUUGGUGAUGGGAUCACACAAAUGAGAGCCUGCAGCAAGUCUGAAGAGAUUCUGAAGCUUGUGGGAACUCUCAAAAACUGUGUCGGUGAAGAGGAUAUCGACUGGAAGAACCUGUAUGAUCAGAAGAAUAAACGCCCAAAGUCUGCCUGGGCUCAGGAACAAUUUCAGAGGAUCUUUAAGGAAAUGGAGAAGAUGCCACAGGACAAAGCAUGCUCAAAGGUUUUGAAACUCUGCAGAAAGAGCUUAAACAUAUGUGAGGAUCUGGCAAAGUAUUCCCCAGAUAAGAAGUGGGAUGAGGCGACAACUAAACGGCUGAUAAAGGAGGUCAGUGAGUUGAAUGAAAGUGCCCUCGCUUUUGACUCUUCAAGCAAAGGAACUUUAAACACUCCAGCUCUUGCCCCAAAACCACCGAUGAUGUACAAAGCAGAGGACGGCUCAGGAAAAAAGUCAGCUGGCCAGAGAGCAUCUGAGAAUGCCCGUUUCCGCAUAGAGCAGAGCCGAGAACAGCUCAAACAAUCACGGCAGUCAUAUGAGAAGUGUGUGGAGAACAUGGAGAAGAAUCAGAGGGAGCUGAAUGAUAUCCUGGUUGAAAUGCAGAACUGCAAAAUCAAAGAGGUUGACUUUGACACCACCAUCAAAAUGUUGGUCAAGGGUCUCGAUGCCAUGGGCAGAGUCAAAGAGCAGUGGGAGAAGAUGGUGCGCUUCUUCCAGAUGGUCUCCAACAUCAUCAAAACUAGCCUCAGCAAGACUCUGCGCAAUUUUGUCCAAACAUCUGAGGAUACAAAGAAACUUUCUUACAAUGGCAAGCUCUUUACAAAAGACCUCCUGUACAAUCAGGCUUUCCAAGCCUCCAACAUUGCCAGCCUGGUCCACAUGAUUUCAAUGACCUACACUGAAGUGUCCAACAAGUACCUGAUGGACAGAGUGAGCAGCCUGGGCAAGCUCAUGGUCAUGGAUAAGGAUAAACCAGAAUUCCUUCAGGAGCGUCAAAAACUGCAGAACUCCUGCCAAGAAGCUCAAAAAGGGAUUCUGCGGCUGGUCCUGAAGAACAAGGACGAAUUUCAGAGGAAGACCGAUGCCAGGAUGGCAAAAAUAGAGGGCGAACUGAAGGCCAUUCUGCCAGCUGCUCCACCCCAGGAGACUGAGAGAAUCAAACAAAUUGUUCAGGCCAGCUUUACUGAACAAGAACAAAACGAUUACUGCUGAGUCAAGUUAAUUGUUUUCAUGUGAGAAACGUCACAUGCCUGCUUUUAGGAGGCAAUCUUAUAUAGCCUUGUUAGUUUCUCAUGUAACCUCUGACCUUUCUGCUUUAUUCUCUCCUAAUGGUUAAUUUUAUGUGUAAGUAAUGCAGGAACAUAUAAACAGAGCUAUAGAUGUGUUGGUGUGUCUAAAGAAAUAUAUCUUGCUUUUAGAAAUGAUUUCUCACACAUGUUUAAUAAAACCACAUUACUUCUAUACAGAAAAAACAUUUUCUUCAGACUAUGAAUUAUGAGGUCUGGGUUCUGUUAUUCUGACUCCAGCCAUGGCAGUAGUAGGGUGCUGUUUUUAUUGGAAAUGUAUUGACAAUUACAAGGACUGGAUCAAUUUUGUUGUAGUAAUCUAGUAAAGUAAUCUAGUACAUGGUUAAGAGAUGACAAUGGCUAUGGACUACCAGUUCUAUGAUGUGCUAUAGAUGGCAGAUCAAAGCAUGGCGAGGCCUAGUCAACAGGAGCUAUACAAGAUACGUAUCGAAAGUUGUAAAAUAUUACAAUUAGGUUCUCUCAUGUCUUCUCACCUACUAUUGAAACCAUUUAUAAAUGAAUAAAUAUUAAAGCUGCCACGUUAAUUGAACACAUAAAAGUCACAAAGUAUUUAAUUCAUGCAACAAUGUGUGUUAAGCCUCUAUCAUGCCUCUAUCAACCAUUGAGACAUCAUCUGGACAAAGAGGCCAGGGUGAAGUUGAGGAGGUGAGGAGGUCAUGUGAGAAGGAGGGUGACCAGCAGAUGUUCUGUUUUUUGUUUUUUAAUGCUCUGCAUUAUCUGUUCUCUCUUUUUUGAAUAAAUUCUUGAAGAUGA